CUUAGAUUCUUAGAAGACUUCAACCCGAAAUUUCAAGACUUCAACCGAUUUAGAAGACGGUGCUGGUUUUCUUGUUAAGGUUCGAAGGAAGCACUACACAAGUUCAACAUGAGGCAUAUAUAAAGAUGGAAUUCUUUCAAAAUCAUGGUUGAUGCAGUUGGAUGCACAACGACUAAUUAACUUUGUAUUGCUUUGCAUCAUUGCAAUCUGACUAUUAACUUAAUACAUAAUGGGGAAUAUCCAAGCAUCACUUAUCCGUCAGCCUCCGCCUCUGCCUUCUCAACACUCUUGCUCAUUGAUUGCUGCCAUUGAAGAAGAUGAAGAAGCUCUAGAGAUUGGAAGGGGAACUUAUUAUUUGACGAGGUGUAGAAGGAGAUUGUCAAAAAGUUUAAUGUCUCUUCACAAUGAUAUGCUAUUUGAAGUUCUGUCACGUGUCCCAGCUCAAGAUAUUUAUGAUGCGGCGAUGUAUGUUUGUCGGAAGUGGUAUCGUAUAAUUCAUACCCAUAAGUUCAUAGAUGCACACCUUCGACAUUCACCUCGUGGUCUUCUGCUUCGUUCUCCAUGUACACCUGCAUUUCUUAUGGUGGCUAGACAAGGCCAAUUGGAGACAAUUUGUUUAACUAAAUUCAAACGUUGUAGUUCAGCUGGCUGUAAUGGUCUGCUUUUGGACUUUGAAUACAACAAUAGAAUAUGGACUCCUUAUAUAGUAAACCCUGUAACAAAGCAAGUUUUUGUGCUCCCUGGAAUUGAAGAAGUAAUCUGUUCUGAAUUUUUCGGUAUAUCUUAUGCUGCAACUUCCAUGGUGUAUAAAGUGGUCGCAAUUGUUCAUGGUCCUCGGCUAAAAAUAUUAACAGUGGGAGUGGAUGAUUCUUGGAGGAGCGUUUGUACCAAACACUUGCGUCGUCUUGCUAGGAGUGGACUUUGCGAAGUUUCCCCCCGCACAACGGAAGGUUUUAUGCAUUGGCUGACAAGUGUAUCUUCAGUUGUGACUCUAAAUGUAGAGACCGAAAUGGUUGAGGAGAGCAGUGGCCCGACGCCUCAAGGUUGUGUAGUUCUUGGGAGUGCGUGGGUGUCGACGGGAAGCAAGUUGUCUUACUUGAUAAAGUUUGAGAGGUUGGGAUGGCAUGUUUGGGAGAUGGAACCAGAAAUCAAAGAGUGGAGAAAGCUGCCAGAUAUUGUUAUUAGCUUGACAGAUCAAAAGAGGAAAUUCCAAUGGUUGGGUUUGAGAAAGGGGCAAGAGCUCCUGCCAAUUGGUUGGAUAAAAUACAAAGAGCUGUUAGCCUUGAUUCUGAGUGGCGUACCUGUGUCAUUCGUUUUUGUGUACAAUAUUGUCACACACAAAGUUGUUGGAGUGGAUCUGCCUGACACCAUUGCAUUGCACUCGCCUAUACCCCAUCAGAAUAGUUUGGUAUGGUUGCCUGGAUCCUCUUAAUACUCUUCUACUACUAUACGUAGAGAGAAUGUUGUUCAACCCCCACACAACCCUCUUUUCAUUAGGUAUAUGCAUGGGGGAGGGCUCAAGAAGAUUUUGUACUAUUCUGCCAUGUUUUAACAAAAAAACAUUGUUUCCUGAUUAAAUCUUUCUCCCGUUGCAUCCUUCUACCGUUUCAUCUUGUUCCAUUGGAUGUUGGGAUGUUUCUUAUAAGCAACGUCCUUGGGAUAUUUUGACCGUUAAUGUGAUGUUCAAAGUAAUUAUUUUAGGCUUAUGCAAAGUAUUGUCUCAAAAUGAUAGUUGUAGAUAAAUUUUCACCGAUAAACAUGGUUUACUUGCACAUUUUUGCUAUUGUUAGUACUUUUAAUGUUUGCUUCUAA